AUGAGUAGCUGCGAGGAAGACACGGAUGGGAUUGUACUAUCAAGGCUAGACCAGUCACAUGUCUCGAAGGUCCCUUCGCCGUCUUUUGGAGCAGAAUUCAACCCGACCUGUGCAGAGCUCAACCCAGGGGCCGCAAAACGAAAUGAGAGCAAGGCGCGGGUGAGCAAACGGGGAUGGAGGCGUAAUGCAGCAGGGACCCGGGCUAGACGUGGAAGCACCAAGGAUAACAGCAACAGCGAUGCCAGCCUGCUACAAUCUUUGGCGGGUGACAACUUCUCGCCGCGCACCAAGAAUGAGGAGAGUCCCGACCAAAACAAAGAAAGCGUCAUUCCCGCUUACCCGGAGCAGCACGACGGCACGGCAGUCACGCACCCACACGAGCAGAACCUGCGCAUGCAAGACCUGCCCGAUGGCGCGGACAGACGGCGCUGGCAGAACAGCCAGGCGGCACGCAAGAGCCGCGCGAAAAAAAAGCUGUAA